AAAAAGAAAAGAAAAGGGGAAGCCACGUUGACACAAGAAGUGUGUUUCUUUUCGUGUCCCGGGAAAUAAAGGUCACGUCGACAACUGUCUGUUCAGCUGGAGCGUCAACAGUCGUGAACGCCACAUCAUCUGUCAGGAUGAGCGUCGGGUUCAUUGGAGCAGGCCAGCUGGCUCAUGCACUUGUGAAAGGUUUCACUGCUGCAGGUGUGAUCGCAGCCCACAGGAUCACAGCCAGCUCCCCAGACACAGACCUGCCCACAGUGACGGGGCUGAGGAAAAUGGGGGUGAAUCUGACCACGAGCAACAAAGAAACGGUCAACAGGAGCGACGUUUUGUUUCUGGCAGUGAAGCCCCACAUCAUCCCCUUCGUCCUGGACGAGAUCGGACCGGACAUCGAAGACCGCCAUCUCAUCGUCUCCUGUGCUGCAGGCGUCACCAUCAGCUCCAUAGAGAAAAAACUGCUGCAGCACCGUUCGACUCCCAGAGUCAUGAGAUGUAUGACCAACACUCCUGUCGUGGUGCGCGAGGGCGCCACCGUGUACGCCACAGGAACACACGCAGAGGUGGAGGAUGGGAAGCUGCUGGAGCAGCUGAUGGCCAGUGUUGGGUUCUGCACAGAGGUGGAGGAGGACCUGAUUGAUGCUGUGACUGGACUGAGUGGCAGUGGACCCGCCUACGCUUUCACAGCCCUGGACGCUCUUGCAGACGGAGGCGUGAAGAUGGGUCUGCCCAGGAGGCUCGCCGUCAGACUCGGCGCUCAGGCUAUCUUGGGAGCAGCCAAGAUGCUGCUGGACUCUGAGCAGCACCCCGGCCAGCUGAAGGACAACGUCUGCUCACCAGGGGGCGCCACCAUCCACGCCCUGCACUUCUUGGAGAGCGGUGGCUUUAGAAGCCUCCUGAUCAACGCGGUGGAGGCUUCAUGCAUCAGGACCAGAGAGCUGCAGUUCCUUGCGGAUCAAGAGUGCAUCUCUCCGGCAGCCAUUAAGAAAACCACCCUGGAUAAAGUGUUGCAGCAACCCGGAGUUGGAGUCGCCGGGGACGCCGGCGGGAACGGCCGGUCGGGCCUCAACCUCUUCAACAACCGCACGUCUGGGAUCAAAAAGAAGAACUGAGAGCAGAGAUCGGCACGCGGAAAGACGGGCAUGCUGCAGGUCCACGUCUAAACAUGCAGACUCACAACGGGUCGCCAACCGCCGUCCAACCGUAGGAUUAAACAGUGGACUCAGGACUGAAGUCACCAACAAAAUCAAUUUCUGGUGUUUUUUUUAUUCGUGCGAGAGCCAGGAACACAUACAUUUCACACAGGCAGAGGAGUGAUCUGCACAGCUGGCGCCUCCUGCUGUGAUUAUACAUGAACACAAGUCCAGUUAGAGAAACCAGAAGAACCAAAGGUGCUACUGUGCUGUUUUUGCAGCCUUAAACCUCCAUCAUGUUCCACGUUAUCUUCAGGUUUUUACUUUUGGCAUAAAGUUAACAAUGUUCAUCCAAUGUUAUGUCAGGGAUUUUGUCCCCUGUAGAAAAAAAACAACAGUUUUUUUUUGUUAUAUAACAAUAACUUUGUCAUCCUAUGUUUUCUCUGAAAGCCCAAAGAGAAUUUUUAUGUUUUCCUUUCUGCAAAUGUGAUGUAAUUACCUAUAAGUGCUACAAUAAAGCUUAAACAAGG